AUGGCCAUUGUGGAAGACAGCGAACAGGCAUCGUACUCAACGUACUUUGAUUCACUCCUUGCGCGUGGCUAUGACCUGAGCAUCGCUGCACCUUCUGCAUGGAAAGAGGAAGACGACCUCUUUGUGCAUGGGGAGCGCAUGUAUGACCAUAUUGUCAUGCUUGCGCCACACCUGAAAAAGUUGCCUACGGGUCUUGAGCCCCAGACUUUGGUCGAAUUUCUGCAGAAGGGGGGGAAUAUGUUGGUCGCCCUCUCGCCGCAACUCACAGAGGCGUGGCGCGAUUUUGCCCGUGAGUUUGGUCUCGACUUUGGCGAGCGUGGCAUGAAGCUGGUCGAUCACUUCGGUUACGAUACCGCUUUGGACUUGGGCGAUCACUCAGCUGUGCGUGUGGGCGGCAACGUGAAGGAGCGUGGCUCGCUGGCUGCUGGUGGUAUUGUGCCGAAUGCUGCUGUAUUCUCCGACAAGACACGCAUGUCUGAAGACUCGCUGCUUUUCCGUGGAAUCGCACAUUGGGUGGGCCCGAAUCCGUUGGCCUUCCCCCUCUUGCUGCCUCCCCUGACAGCGUACCAAAGUGAUGUGCCCAAGGUCACCGGUGAGCCCUCCGCGUUCACGGCAUCCAACAUUAACAAACUGGAGGCACUGCACGAUAUGACGGAUUUGCUCACUGGCGCGGAUGCCCAUUCCGAAGAUGCUACGGCCUCGCUGGCGUCGGCCGUGCAGCUGCGUGAUAACUCCGCGCGUGCUGUGUUUGUUGGCAGCUUGGAGCUCUUCCAGAACGACCUUUACGGGGACGCAUCACGCCCGCUUCAACGCUCAUUUGUGGAUGAUCUCACCGCUUGGACCUUCCAAGAGUCCAGUGUGCUACGCAUUGCCAGCAACUCGCAUCAACGCGUUCGCCUACAUGAACACGAUGUGCGUCCUGACUAUGAAGAGCAGGACAAUGUCGUUUCCAUGUACCGCAUUAAAGAUAUUGUGAAGUAUGCCUUGACAUUGGAGGCGUUCGAUGGGGCUCGCUGGGGCCCUGCGCCGAACGAUCUCGACCUCCAGCUCUCUGCAAUCAUGCUGGAUCCCUACGUGACCGAGCCUUUGCAUGCUGUGUCAAGCAAUGCAAACUCGACUACCUACACGACGACACUGCGUUUGCCAGACCGCCAUGGUGUAUUUACACUGCGUGUCAACUGGAAGAGGCCUGGAUGGACAUAUAUUCGUAAGGAUGAUGUUAUUCCAGUGCGACCUUUCAACCAUGAUGAGUAUCCUCGCAUGGUCAGCAGCUCAUGGCCAUAUAUUUCGGGUGCCCUGUCGACAAUGACUGCCUUUGUUGUAUUUGUCGCUCUGUGGUUCACACUUCCUGUGACAAAGGCGCCUGUUACCAAGACCAAGAAACAGUAA